UGACAGGUCCGGUGUCCGAGGGACUCGGCUGACGCGUGGCCCCUCCAGGCUCUCCGGCGCGCUCCAGCCGCAGCCCCGAGGCCCGCCGGCUCCCGCCCGCCGGUGCGCUCGCUGCCCGCAGCCGCCCGCCGCCUCGCGCCCGCCCGCUCCGCCGAUGCUCGCCGUGGGAAGCGGGAUGCAGCCGCGCCGCGCCGGCCCGGUCCAGGCGCUGCUGCUCUCCCUGGGUUUCCAUCUUCUCCAAGCAGUUCUCAGUACAACCGUGAUCCCUUCGUGUAUCCCAGGAGAGUCUGAAGACAACUGCACAGCCUUAGUUCAGACAGAAAACAAUCCACGUGUGGCUCAAGUAUCAAUAACGAAGUGCAGCUCUGACAUGAAUGGCUACUGUUUGCAUGGACAAUGCAUCUUCCUGGUGGACAUGAAUGAAAAUUAUUGCAGGUGUGAAGUGGGUUACACUGGCGUCCGAUGUGAGCACUUCUUUUUAACUGUCCAACAGCCCUUGAGCAAGGAAUAUGUGGCUCUGACUGUGAUUCUUGUUAUCUUGUUUUUGGCCAUAGUCGCCGGUUCCAUAUACUAUUUCUGCAGAUGGUACAGAAAUCAAAAAAGUAAAGAAUCAAAGAAAGAAUAUGAAAGGGUGACCUCAGGGGAUCCAGCGUUGCCACAAGUCUGAAUGGUGCCAUCAAGUUUACGGACAGGGAUGCGCAGCAUGCCAGAUUAUGUUAAUAUUCCUAUUUUGUUAAUAAUAUUUAUGUUGGACAAUGUGUUAAGACAACAUGGUGUUUUUUUAAAAAUACUUGGAAAAGUUUUUAUUUUUGUUUUAUUUUUGAUGGACUAUUUGUUAAUGUAUAAUGUACACAAAAUAUUUAAUAUAGAAAGAAAAUCACUAUUUUUGUAAGAAAUCAUUGCUCAGACUAAAUGCUUUAUUGAAAGCUUCAAAACUGCUUUGUUUGCUGCACAACGCUUAGGAGUGAGCAACGCCCAGUUCGUUGCUCAGGAAGUGUCAACAAAUGACAGAUUUCUGUGAGCCUAAAUAUAUGGUCAAAUCAAUUUAAUAAGUAUAUUUUUCUACUCCUCAAAUCAAUGAUAAUUGGUUUGACUAUUUCAUAGUUUGAUAUAUGAGUCGACACCACUGUGUCAUGUAUUAAACACGUGAUGCUAAUGGGAAUGGGGGAGAAGCAAAUGUAGAGCACGUGCUAAACACUAGCUGUUUGAAACAAGCUACACCUGGGAGAGAGCUGCGCUCCCUCCAGCCCCAUCCUCAGCUGUAACUCCAUAUUUAUCUGCCUGGAGGGGAAGUGGGCCAUUCCCUAUUCCACCCCACAACUCCUGCAUCUAAUAGAUUCUCCUUGAGUGGAAUGAAUUGAGAACCUAAUUUUAUACCAGCUUUUAUAUAAAUAGCAGGUAUGUUGUAGCCUCACAAUGUUUCUUUUUUUAAAGUAAGUUUAUGUGCAGUAACUGUUGCUCCUAAACAAUUAAAAAAAAAAAUCCACACUUGAAGUCAAAAUUUAUGCUUCUUUUUAAGAGUAUUUACUUUCAUAAGGACUUUGUUGAAGAAUUCUAAGGUUAAAUCAUAGUCCAAAAUUUGAUGGACUAGUUAUUAUUUUAAAGUAUAAUCUAAGACAAUCAUUCCAUAUAUUUCUAAAGAUGGAAAUACAGUUAUUUCAUUUUCUUUGCAAGAGAGUUUUAACUUAAAACAAUGCAGUAAGCAGCUUUUUCUGCAAUUUAAAAUUACAUAUUAAAAAUUAAAUCCUGAUGCAGGAAGUGGGAAAAAUAAGAAAAAUUAAUUAUAGUGUAUUUUUCCAAAAGAACAAAUGCAUUUGAAAGCUUUUACAAUUUAGAGACUUAACCACACCUUCCUAUGGAGACUGAGAUGAAACCAGGGUCCUGUUUUCUGUCUUUUAUGUUUUGGAAGAGACUAAGGUUUCUCCUGUGCUCAGAACCCAUGGUCUCAGUGAGUUCAUAAGGGUACUUGAGGUAACUACAUAGCGAGCCACAGCUGUCACCACCGCCAGAUCUCCUGGGAGAUUGCCUCAUUGAAUGCUAGCCCUUUGGGUAGAGUCUCUCAGGCUCACACACAUGGUCAGCUAGGGUCUAUUCUUCCACAUUUUUUCCUGGCCUAGGCUAGGGCAACAAAGAAAGUGGAAGCAAUGGCUCAUCUCUGAAGUGCCAGGUGCCAAGGCUUGCCUCUGUAUGUGUCCCUGUGUUGUAUACCCUGGUGCAUUCAAGUGACUCUCUUCCAAAGUCUUGGAUCUGGUCCCUUACUAUUAGGGCAGCAAACAGACAAAACAAACAUAGAUAUAUAUGGUUGCAUGUGUGUGUGUGUGUGUAUGUAUGUGCCUACUCAUAUGCAAACGCACAUGUACACAUGAGCUCAAUUAGAAUUAUAGUCAUUUGUUGCUCUAUCAACAAUGUAUAAAACAAAAACAAAGAGAAAUAAAAUAAAAUUCGGUGAGAUCCCAAAGGAUAUUUCUGUUUCCUAUUUAUUAUAGCCGAGUCAAAUGUGCUGUGUAAGAACACAUUUUAAAUCCUGCACAUACCCAUCGACACCUCCUCUGGGUAAAGGAAGUCUGCCUGUUUUAAGUGACUUUGAUUGUUUCAAAGAAAAUUUAUUGACUAACCCAGAAAUCAUCUGUAAUCCAUUUCUUUUAUUCACAAAAAGCAAAUCAUAUUAUUUUUCUUAAGCAUCUCAAUUCGUAUUACAUAACUAAUUGUAUGUGGUUUGGGGUGUUUUUAAUCUUUAUUUAAGAAUGCUUAAAAAAUGAACCCCUGUAAAAGUUAAAUCUAUAUUUAUAAAUGAAUAUUAAAUAAAAAGGUAUGACCAAAAGUGUUUUUUAUAAGUGAAAAUAAGUAAAAAAUAAUUGUUUUAAUGAGGAUAAUGCUGAGCAAACAUGAAAGAUGAUUGCUAUCAGUUCAUGUUUCCUAAAAACAAUGGAAAGAUUGUGGCUCACAUUUAGUUUAUCUUCCUCAUUUUACAGAUUUCUCACUAUACGAAUUUCUAGAAGGGGCUAUUUAUAUCCAACAUAUUGAGAACAAAUGCAAAUCCAAUGCAUAAUUUAUGGCUUCCCACCAAGGCCACACAAUAACUCAUUUGACACUCUCUAUGACCAAGGACAUAAAGUUCUAUGGUUAGUACUAAAGGUUUAACAUCAAAUUUGAGAUUUAUGUAGUAUGUUAAACAUGUAUAAUACAAUAGAAUUCAAUGUUCUCCUAGAUGUUUUUUUGCUCUCUCUGCCAAAAGUCAAAGCAAUGGGAAAAAUGGUGCACUGGUAUGACUAUGUCUUAACCCAGAUUUUUAUUUUUGAGUUCUUGAGAAGAGAGUUAGCUAAAUUCAACUGCUGUCACAUAGCCCAUCAAUUUUUAUGGAGCAAAUGCAUGAUACUAGUUUCUAAUUUCCAUUAAUUUCAAUAAUGCAGUUUUAAAGACUUGUGUCUGAUCCACUUUGUCAUGUUUUGCUGCAAUAUCCAUGCUGUAGACUUUUGGGGAAAAAGAUGUGUUUAAUUUGCUGCCCAAUAUUUUCUGUUUUUUUCCUCCUCUUAUUCAUAUGGGAGAAAGAGGGUAACAACUUGUAUAAAUGGUGUUCUGGAGUACAUUUUAAUGUUUUAACUAAAGAAUAAUUUUAUCUAAACCAUAUCUGUUAUUCAAAUUAGAUGAUGUUAAAUUUAAGAUAUGUAUUUUUCUCUUUGCUUUUUUUGCACUCUGUAAUUGCACUUUUUAAGUUUGAAGAGCCAUUUUGGUAUAGAGUUUAUGUUAAAGAUGUUAUGGAACAUAAAGUUAUAUUGCAUACAGUUUAAAGUAACUUAUUUGACAGUGAAUUUUAUCAGAGUACUGAAUUGUAUCAAUUUGUUUGUGUUCAAUAUCAGCUUUGAUAAUUGUGUACCUUAAGAUAUUGAAGGAGAAUAUAGAUACUUUACAAGAUAUUGUUAACGUUUAUUUAUUUUUGUUGGGAACUGGGGAAAAAAACACAAUUUAAAAAUAAAAAAUGCAUUCGGCACCAUGCAUAAAGAACUUCACUGAUAAA